GAGCCAUGGCUGGAGACACGGAGGAGGAAGCCACACACACACGAGCCAUGGGACGGGAGGACAUGCCGCACGGCACAAGCUGAAGUCGUCGCCGUCGUCGGAUCAGCGAUCGAUGGAGCUGAACGCGAUCGCCGCCGGCAGCAGCACCAUGCGGGCCGUGGCCGACGACGACGGCUUCACCUUCGCCGAGGUCCCGCCUCUGGCUGUGCCUGGAGCCGCCCGCUGCAUAGGUCCGCCGCUGUACCCGAUCUUCGGCCGACCGAGGUCGCCGCCGCCGCCGCCUGAGCCGGAGACGGUGGAGGGUGCGUCGCGUUUGCCGCUGUGGCGGUUCCUGAUGCUGGACCAGGGGCAACCGCCGACGCAGCCAGCGGACGACGGACUCGACCUCGACCUCGACGGGGAGCCGGCGGAGCCGACGUACCUGUACUGCCCGUUGUGCCCCGCGUUGCCGGUGGCGACGGCGGCGGCCUCCCCGGCGCGGUGCCGGAAGAGCGGCUCCACGGGGUCGUCUCUCCUCCGGUGGCGCCAGUGGUCCAUCGGCCGGAGCCACAGCGACGGCAAGGAGAGGUUCGUGUUCUUGAACGCGGCCUCCCCCUCCGGCUCCGAGCCCAAGGGGAGAGGCGGCGGCGGCCAUGACGGUGCCCUGAGCUACUACGCGAACGGCGGCGGCAGCAGCAGGGGAGGCGGUCGCCGGAGGACGUUCCUCCCCUACAAGCAGGACCUCGUCGGGAUCUUCGCCAACGCCACCGCGUUCCGCCGGAGCUACCACCCGUUCUGAGAAUCCGACGUGGCGUUUCUUGCUGUGCAUGCGUGUCGCUCCAUGGAUUUUUCCUUCUCUGCAGGUUAAGUUCAGUGCUUGCCACGAUAAUCCGUGUGCAGGUUCAGUUAAAAUUCGUUUGCUGCGUGUGGCUGAUAAGUUUGGCUGCAUGCUUUUGAUUUGUUUGUCUCUCUGGUAUUUAAUUUGAGUGUAAAAGUUCGUUUCAAAAAGAUAAAUUGAGUGUAAAAGUUCGCUUCAAAAAGAUAAAUUGAGUGUAACAGAGCUUGCAUAAGUAUAUUUAUAUACACAGUUUUUUAUAUGUUCAUGCAGGGCUACUGUAUACGUUCGAAGUUCAAACAUGGUCAUAAAAGUGUUUCAAAAUUUUCCUCCA